AUGGAAGAUGAGACCAAGUUGCUAAUUCUUCAAGGGUGCAAGUUGGCCAGAGACCUUGAAUCAAAGCUACCAACCUUGGCAAACCAGCCCCAGAUAAGCGCAACCCAGACCUGCGAAGCAAUCAUAAGAACCUUCGCAUCAGCUUUGGAGAAACUGAUGAUGAGCAUCAAUUGUAAGGAAUCAACUGAAGGUUAUCAAAGUUGCUUUCCCAGGUUAUUGCCAGACAAUAACUGGGGAAGUGGAAGGGAAGUUGGAUCAGAUCGUCAGGCGAGAGCCAAUUUGCUUUUUAAACCUGAGAUGGGUGGAGGAAGUUGGGAUAGUGAAGGCUGCGCAACAUUUAGAGGCCUCGGAGGUGGAAUUCUGUCCAUGGAGGUUUCAUCAGAUCUCAACAGAUCAGCUUCCUCGCAAAGAUCUCGACGGAGGAGGGACGAAGGAAAGAAACGGGUAAUCACAGUCGCAGCUCCUCAGAUGGGCAACACCGAUGUUCCUCCAGACGACGGGCACACUUGGAGAAAAUAUGGUCAGAAAGCGAUUCUCGGAUCAAUCUAUCCAAGGGGUUAUUACCGUUGCACCCACCAGAAGUUAUACCAGUGCCCGGCCAAGAAGCAAGUGCAGCGGCUCGACGACGAUCCUCGCUUCUUUGAAGUAAUCUACCACCACGACCACACGUGCCAUAUGUCCCCGACGGCACCGCUGUUUCCGCCGCCGCCGCCACCACCACAAGCAGCAAAUGUUGUUCCGAUGGAUUUGGAUCUAUGCAGGUUCAGCGGUUCGAGCAGCACCAUCCCGGUGGUCGAAGGCAGCAGCUCAGGCACUUUGGCCUCUCGGUACGCUAAAGAAGUCAUUGAGUACCCAGUAGCAGAUAUGGCAACUGCGAUGUUCAAUCCCGGGAGCGGCAAUACAAGCAACAUAGAUAUGAUUUUCCAUAACUCCAGGGGAGGAAAAUAAGAUUGAACUGGGGUUGUCUGAAUGAUAGCUAACACUUCAAAACCCAAUUGCAGGAGGAGGAUAAACCAAACAUGGAUUAAUUACUAGUCUUCAUCUUCGGUAGCUUUGUAGAUAAAUUAUUCAUUUGCAAUUACUGUCUGAAUAAGUCAUACACUGACUGUCUAAACUUACGUAUAGUUCGUUGUACUGUAAUGCCUGCACCUCUUAAUGUUUAUUAUAGAAUUUAUUGUUCAUGUACACUUUACU